AUGGCUACUGCUCAUGGGUCUACCACUCACCUACCAACAGGGUCGAUGGCUGCUGCGGUGCCAAUAAGCGCAGAUGAAGUGAAAGAAUAUGAGCGCAUUCUGAAAAUCAGCGACGAGAUUUUCGCGGGCUCCCACCCGCGUCUCAAAGUCCCCCUGCAAUUUGUGCGCAAACCCGCGGCACGGAAUGGCCAAAAUGGCCCUUCUACCCAACAAGUAGCAAGGAACAAGCCUUCGGGGCCUUUGCGAGAGAAUAUCACACGGUCUCCCCACAGCUUACAGGCUCCAUCCACGGCUGGGAAUGCGCCAUCGACAUCGGUUCUAAAUGCCGCAGCACCCCCUUUCCGCAUGGCGUCCAAACCUACCUCGGAAAUUGAUCCUAUUUUCUUGACGAAGUCGGAUGAUCUAGUCCGAGCAGAAAUUCAGUUGCAACGGCAAAGGGUGGAAAGAAUAUUGCGUGAUCAGCUGGAGCAGAAGAAGCAGGACUCGAAACAGAAACCCGCAAUUCAAGAUACAAAACCCGACUUUGACGUCUCGGAAGUCUUGGAUAGGGCCCUGGAGAUGGUACGACCUGUCUCACUGAGUGAUCCAUCUGAGGUCAAUGGGCCGAAUGAUUCAUUCGAUGAGAACUCCUUUUACUCCAGCCGAGCACCAGACUCUCCUCAGCCAGCUGGGGGUCAUCGAAAGCCCUCUCCAGCUGCUCCGGCCCCGGCCCAGCCAGUGAGCACUGCUCCACGGGCGCCGGCAGAUCAUUACUCAGAUGAGUUGCAACGACUUGAAGCUCUGAACCGACCUGGAUCUAACCAGGACAUGCGUGAUGCUUACCCUGUUGUUGACCAGCAUGCCCCCCACUCCCAAGCGCAACCGCUAUCCGUCCAGCCAGCAGACACCGGUCGUUUCCAUGAGUUACAACAAGUGGAUGCUCUUGAGGAGCCAGAAUACUCCCCACCAGCACCAGUGGCACCCCCAAUUGGCUUACGAGACUACGAGCGAGGUGUAGCAAAUGGCGAUGGCAGGGGCAGAUACGCCGAUCAAAGACAGGGGAUGCAGGGCAUGAUUUCUCCUGCUAGCAAUGUCAAGGUAGUUCGGAAUCAUAUCACUUCCCCGGCUGCUCCUCGGCCGUCGCGAGUAUCACCUUUGGCAACUGCGAAAGUACCCUCGGUUCAGCAGCUUCGGAUAGAACGGUCCGAGCGUGGGUCCGAGCAGGUAUAUUCGGACCCUGACUCCGCUCGCGCCAGUCCCAAUGGACCUGCUCCGCAGAUCAUGUCUCGGAAGCGAAGAAAACUACAUGGGAAAGGAGAUGAUACCCGUCAGGUGUCCUAUGUGACGCAGAACGCCGGUCCCUCCGAAGCAUACAUCAAAGAAGAACCAGUGUCACCACCGCCGUUUGCAGAUGACCCAUCUGUGAUUCAAAGCCGACAACCCCAAGGACAGCCCGUCUACAUCGAUAUUGCGUCACCACGAUACACCCCGGUGCUCGAGAGGCAAGAAUCCUCCAUCCAGGGGCCCAUGUAUGAGGUGAAUACUUACCAUGAGCUUCCUGCCGAGCAAGGAUCGAGACAUGCACUUUCUCGACUCGGCCCCAGGCGAUCGGUUCGUGACGAUGCAGACCUGCGACGCGUGGCUAGCAUGCAGUACGCUAGACAGUCUGAAUAUCCUCGCGAGUAUUUCGAGGCCGAUCCCCAUGUUGGCCGAGCUUCACCAUAUACAGUCGUGGAACGGUUGCCGCAAGAACGACCUAGAUACUACGAGGAUGUCCCUUCUUCCUAUGGGCCUCGCUAUAUCACUGUGGAUGAUGGUCACCAACCUGUUCAGCGAGAUCCGUAUUACGACGAGCCUCCACCAGCACGUGUCAUGGCUGCGCCCGAACGCCGCUUUGUCGUUGAUGAACAUGGCAAUCACUUCGAAAUGGUCCCAGCACCCAGGAUGCAACCUAUGGCGCCGCCUCCGAGACCAAUGUCCCGGGCACCGAAACCCGAAGCCUAUGAUGAUCACGUCCCUGUCCGCACUGCCAGUGUUCGUGCCCCGUCCGUUAUACAAGACCCCUAUGGUGAGCAUAGAUACGUUCAGGAGAUGCCUCGACCCCAACCGGUCUACAGAAGGGUCGUUUCGGACUAUGCUCGCCCUGUCACUGGAGAAAGAAGAGUAUACGAAGCACCCCUGGAAGGCCACGAUCCAUACGCGCGAAGUGGCGGUGUGCAAGUUGCCGAGUACCUUCCUCGUCGCCCAGCAUAUGUAGAGGAGCAUGCCGAACCACCCGAGAGAGUCAUUCGCACGUCAAGCGUGCGACCGCCACAAGCUCGGUACGAACAACCCCAUCCCGUUGUCCAACGAGUCAGCAGUGUUCGCCCCGGCGGACCCAGUCGCGAAGUGAGCGUCUUUUUGGAAGAUCGUCAAAUGGGCGACUACAUUGAGCGGCCGUACUACGUCCGAGAACGACGAUUUUAUGAUGGUGAUGAUGGAAAUCGCAUGGUGCCAGACGGCACUGCAGACUCAGUUCAGCGUGCUCCGCAGCGCUACUAA